AUGGCUACACCCGGUGUGCCGAAGUCCAAGCUAUCCCGAGGACAACCAGAUCUAUACUUGAUAUCCGAAGAAGAUACCAUCUACGAGCAAGACAUUCUGCGGGAUCCUGGAACUCUAAAGCCGUGGUUGACAUACGUCGAGUUUAAAUUCAAACAUGGCAGUGUGCAUGAACAGGCUUACGUCCUCGAAAGGGCAUGCCGGCAGCUGCCGCGGUCCUACAAGCUUUGGAAGAUGUACUUAAAUCUCCGAAAGAAGCAUUUAAAACAGCUAAAUCCCGCCAUCUUCGCCUCCGAAUAUGCGAAAGUCAACUCCCUGUUCGAAAGAGCUCUCAUUCUUCUCAAUAAGAUGCCCCGGAUAUGGGAAAUGUACCUUUCAUUUUUACUGCUUCAACCCAUCGUUACCCUCACCCGACGAACAUUCGAUCGAGCGCUCCGAGCACUACCAAUUACACAGCACAACCGGAUAUGGGCCCUAUACCGCCCAUUCGCCAACUCGGCAUCAGGACAAACGGCCAUCAAUAUAUGGCGUAGAUACAUGCAGAUUCACCCAGAAGAUGCGGAAGACUUUAUCGAGCUAUUGAUUGAGAAUGGACGAUAUACCGAUGCCGUUAAGAAAUAUAUGGAAAUAUUAAACAACCCUAAAUUUCGAAGCAAGAAUGGAAAGAGCCACUACCAACUUUGGAGUGAGAUGGUCGAUCUGCUUGUUGACCACGCCAAAGAAGUGGAGACCGGGGAUGAAGUGGGCAUUGACGUGGAACGGAUCAUCCGAAGUGGUAUCGAGAGAUUUGCUGACCAGAGGGGGAAGCUAUGGUCUGGGCUUGCCACUUAUUGGAUCACAAGAGGGAGCUUUGAGAAGGCUAGAGAUGUCUUCGAAGAGGGGAUCACGACGGUCAUGACAGUCCGAGACUUUACACUAAUUUUUGAUUCGUAUGUCGAAUUUGAAGAGGCAAUAACUGGUCAGUUGAUGGAGGAAGCGGCGGCGCGGUCAGAAAAGGGAAUCAUGGAUGAAAAUGCGGAUUUCGACUUGGAUAUCCGGAUGAUGAGAUUUGAGCAGCUGAUGGACCGACGGCCAUUCUUGAUCAACGAUGUACUCCUGCGCCAAAAUCCAAACAACGUGUCUGAAUGGAAUGUACGCAUUGGGUUAUGGGGAGAUAAUAAGCAAGAGGUGGUCAAGACAUAUACAGAUGCAAUUGCAGCGGUCCAGCCGAAGAAAGCAGUGGGCCGAUUCCACGAGUUAUGGGCUAAUUAUGCCAAGUUCUACGAGACGGGUGGUGACUUACGGAACGCCAGAGUCAUCAUGGAGAAAGCGGUUAAGGUGCCUUUCAAAUCAGUGGCAGAGCUCGCUGAUAUGUGGAUUGAGUGGGCUGAGAUGGAGUUGAGGAAUGACAACUUUGAGGACGCCGUGAAGAUCAUGGCUAAGGCAGUCCAGGCCCCUAAACGCUCUACUGUCGAUUAUUUCGACGAAACUCUAUCCCCGCAACAACGAGUCCAUAAGAGUUGGAAGCUCUGGAGUUUUUACGUGGAUCUUGUUGAGAGUGUUAGUACUCUUGAGGAGACCCGCAAGGUUUACGAGAGGAUAUUCGAGCUUAGAAUCGCCACUCCGCAAACCGUCGUCAACUAUGCGAAUCUUCUGGAAGAGAAUAAGUACUUUGAGGAGUCCUUCAAGAUCUACGAACGGGGCCUUGAUCUCUUCAGCUACCCGGUCGCCUUCGAGAUAUGGAACUUAUACCUCACCAAAGCCGUAGACCGCAAGAUCGGCAUCGAACGUCUCCGCGACCUCUUUGAGCAAGCCGUAGAAGGGUGUCCACCAAAAUUUGCCAAAGUCCUCUAUCUCAUGUACGGCAACCUAGAAGAGGAACGGGGCCUCGCCCGCCACGCAAUGCGCAUCUACGAGCGGGCCACCCGCGCCGUCUCCGACGAAGACCGGGCCGAUAUGUUCAACUUCUACAUCACCAAAUCAGCCUCCAAUUUCGGUCUCCCCUCAACACGCCCUAUCUACGAGCGCGCCAUCGCUGCGCUCCCGGACAAAGACGCUCGCGACAUGUGUCUCAAGUUUGCUGAUAUGGAGAAACGACUCGGCGAGAUCGACCGCGCGCGCGCUAUCUACGGCCAUGCAUCGCAAUUCUGUGAUCCCCGCACGAGCCCUGGCUUCUGGACUAAAUGGGAGCAGUUCGAAGUGCAGCAUGGAAACGAGGAUACAUUCAAGGAGAUGUUGCGUAUCAAGCGAAGCGUGCAAGCACAGUAUAACACAGAUGUUAAUUUUAUUGCCUCGCAAGCACUGGCCAGGGCCAAGGAGGUUGCUGCUGGUGGCGGAGGUGCUCCUGAAGAAGGAGAAAGUGCAGCUGAUGCUAUGGCUGCGUUAGAACGGGAGGCUAGGGCACCUGUUGGUUUCGUCGCUGCUAGUACCGGGCCACAAGGAGGAAAUAUUCCCCAAGAGCAUGCGGCGGUGGAGAAGAACCCCGAUGCUAUUGAUGUGGAUGGACUGGAUGAGGAUUAG